AUGGACGCCAUCUUAGUUAAGGUUAAACUCGCUCUCUUGAGAGAACAAGAAAGGCCCAAGGUCACUAAAAAGGCAGAGUUUACUCAGGACAAUGGUCAGGAACAAACACCAAGUGUGAACCUUCCAGGUUCAACUCCUAUAGUUGAAAGUAUCACUAAGACUCAGGAUUACAAUGAACCUUCAAGUCUUCUCUUCUGCUCCUUCUCAAAUGAGGCCCUAGGAGUACAUGUGCUGGACACAUACAGAAGCAGAUGGGACUGGCAUAUCAAAGCAAACUGGGAGCGGGCAGGCGUCCCCGGGGCGAACCUCAGCCCCACUUGUUGCGGAGCGUCUGGGCCCCUAGGGUUAAAACAUCAGGCCUUUGUGACACUGACUACAAACGAUGCCUACGCCAAAGGUGCCCUGGUCCUAGGCUCUUCUCUGAAACACCACAGGACCACCAGGAGGCUGGUUGUUCUUGCCACCCCGCAGGUCUCCGACUCUAUGAGAAAAGUUUUAGAGACAGUCUUUGAUGAAGUCGUCACGGUAGAUGUCUUGGAUAGUGGCGAUUCUGCUCACCUCACCUUAAUGAAGAGGCCCGAGUUGGGUGUCACGCUGACAAAACUUCACUGCUGGUCACUUACACAGUAUUCAAAGUGUGUGUUCAUGGAUGCAGACACACUGGUCCUAGCAAAUAUUGAUGAUCUUUUUGAGAGAGAAGAAUUGUCAGCAGCACCAGACCCAGGGUGGCCUGACUGCUUCAACUCCGGAGUCUUUGUCUAUCAGCCCUCAGUUGAAACAUACAGCCAGCUGUUGAACCUUGCUGCUGAACAAGGUAGCUUUGAUGGUGGAGACCAGGGCUUACUGAACACAUUUUUUAGCAGCUGGGCAACAACAGAUAUCAGAAAACACCUGCCAUUUAUUUAUAACCUAAGUAGCAUUUCUAUAUACUCCUAUCUCCCAGCAUUUAAAGCGUUUGGAGCAAAUACAAAAGUUGUGCAUUUCCUGGGACGAGUCAAACCAUGGAAUUAUACUUAUGAUCCCCAAACAAAAAGUGUUAAAAGUGAGUCAGAUGAUCCCACCAUGACUCAUCCAGAGUUUCUCAACCUGUGGUGGGAUAUCUUUACUACCAAUGUUUUACCUCUUCUUCAACGUUAUGGACUUGUCAAAGACACCUGCUCAUACAAAGAUGUGCUUUCAGACUUGGUCUAUACACUGGCUUUCUCUUGUGGCUUCUGUAGAAAGGAACAUGUUUCAGGAGCCGUAUCACACCUGUCCCUUGGGGAGAACCCAGCUGCACCUCAGCCUUCUGUAUCGUCAUCAGAGGACAGGAAGGAGAGGUGGGAACAGGGUCAGGCUGAUUACAUGGGAGCAGACUCCUUUGACAACAUCAAGCAAAAACUUGACACUUACCUCCAGUAGAAGCACUGCCUUUUUCCUGUGAACACACCCUUUCACAGAAACUUGUUUCUGAUACUUAGUAUCUAGAGCUGGGUUGAGAAAAGUCUGUUGCAGGUGUUACAGGCUUUCACUAAAACAGAUGAAGGGUUUUUGCAGAACAACAGGUGAGAACUGGGCAAAAGUUGUAAAGCUGUACUUCUAUUAUAUGGACAGCAUUGUUUUAUAACCCUAGACUUAGCUGUUUCAGAAAUUCACUUAUGCUGAUUGCCAACAUAUGUAGUAAAGGAAACCCAAUAUUAAGCUAUAAAGAUGGUUGCAUCAACUUGUGUAGAACCACGUUCCAAAUCCAUCUCCCUUCAGAACAGGACAUGGCUUCUGCCCCUUGCUUGUAAUACCUGUCAGAUAACUUGCAUUUUACGAUCUCCCAGGGGCUACCAGAAUGAUAACUGUGCUUCUAAAGUCAACCUUAAAUAACACUGCUGAGUGAUUCAUAACACUGAUUCAACACAUGGCGUUAGCCCAUUUUAUCUCCUACAUCUGAAUAUGUUUACCAGUUUUCUGUACACUGUAAGGCAGCAUGCUGAAAUGCUUUUGUUCGGUUCUGUACAUGUGAAAAUAGCAGUGCGCUCUCUCUGAUGGUUACCUGCAGUUAAUACCCUGUAUGAAAAAUAAAGACUUAUUGCCAUACCUUGGUUGUUAAAGUACUUCCCAUCUUACCCUUGAAAAAAAUCUAUUGGGGAAUUUUCCAUAAUUUAUGCAACUUGUUUUAGAUUUUUAAAGUAUAAAGCUUAACAGGUAGGCUGUAAAAUUAGCUGCCUAAGAAAUCUAGUAUUUCCAGCGAUGGUGACGGAUGACUGGUGGAGAAGAGUGAGAUCAAAUCUGUCUAGUGUCGCUUGCAUCACCUCCCCGGUGGGCACACAAGUUGUCCGCAUGUGGUGACGUUAAAAGCAUCAGGCUCACUGUUCAUCGUCUCUCAACAUACUCAGUAAUCUUUCAGAACUGCGGGAAUUGGCACUAGACCCAAUUCCUCCUCCUGUUUUUACCCAGAAUAAGAGAAAGUAGCAUAAAUCCUAGUCUGCAAGGGUCGGCAAGGUAAGGAAGGAUGGAUCCAAAAAGAUCUUUUGAAACUGAGUAAUCAGAAAUCAUUGUACUGAAUAAAAGUCGAAUAUAACAAAAACCUUUAGUGUUAGCAGGUGCGGCAAUGGCUUUUGUGACCUAGCCUUGUGUCGUGCUCCCUCAUUUUGACAAUGUCCUACUGGCUCCCUGGGUCAUUUCUGUUCAGUAUGGCUGAAUCAGAUCUCUGCAGACAGGAGUGACUGAGGGCCACCUGGGAAGGGGGAUCCGAAAGCCCAAGAAAACCUGCAGAUUUACCUAAAGUUCUAAAACCAUAAAUGACUUCUGGAGAUAAAAGUUAUCCGCACUAGUAGGGAAUAGUCACCAACAUCUAAGUUUAUGAAACAUUUACCAAAGAUUGAGUGUUUCCAUGUGCUGGUGCUGUGGCUACAACGACCUCUAGAUAU